AUGUUGGUGUCUUCACUGGGCUUUAGGCAGAACAGACAGCAGAUGUGGAUAGUAAAAACCAGUGGGCCCAGAGAUAAGCGACCACUGUCAGGCCCCAAUAUCAGGACUCCAAGCAACCCUCCUAGUGAGGGAUCAGGGAAACCUACACAGCAGGCAGGACGACCGUUCAACACCUACCCAAGGGCAGACACAGAUCCCAACAGAGGGGGCUCCAACCAGGAAUCUUGCACCACAGUACCACUCGACCAGAAAAUCCCAGCUGGCAAAGUUUCAUCUAGGCAGCAGCAAGGCCAGACUAAGCCCAAACCUCCUGAGAAACCUCUUCCCUCUGGCCUUUCUCCUCACAGCUCAGACCCUCAGCUUUCAAGACCCGAACAGUCCAAACCACCACCUCCACCCGCUCAACCUCGCUCACCACAAAGAGAACCUCAGCGGGUGUCUCACGAGCAGUUUCGGGCAGCUUUGCAGAUGGUGGUGGAUCCUGGUGACCCAAGGACAUACUUGGACAACUUCAUCAAGAUUGGGGAAGGUUCAACAGGCAUUGUGUGCAUUGCUUCUGUCAAAAGCACGGGGAAGUUAGUGGCUGUGAAAAAGAUGGACCUGCGCAAGCAACAGAGGAGGGAGCUGCUCUUCAAUGAGGUGGUGAUAAUGAGGGAUUACCAGCAUGAGAAUGUGGUGGAGAUGUACAACAGUUACCUAGUGGGUGAUGAGCUCUGGGUCGUCAUGGAGUUUCUGGAAGGUGGAGCCCUGACUGACAUUGUCACUCAUACUAGAAUGAACGAAGAACAAAUAGCGGCCGUAUGUGUGUCUGUACUUAAAGCACUCUCUGUCCUACAUGCACAAGGCGUCAUCCAUCGUGAUAUUAAGAGCGAUUCCAUUCUGCUUACACAUGAUGGCCGGGUAAAGCUUUCAGACUUUGGAUUUUGUGCACAAGUCAACAAGUAAGUACCACGUUGUAAGUCUCUGGUUGGGACUCCCUACUGGAUGGCUCCUGAACUGAUCUCAAGGUUACCUUAUGGACCAGAGGUGGACAUAUGGUCUCUGGGCAUUAUGGUGAUAGAGAUGGUGGAUGGAGAACCCCCUUAUUUUAACGAACCCCCACUGAAAGCAAUGAAAAUGAUUCGGGAUAAUUUACCCCCUAAACUGAAAAAUGCACAGAAGGUUUCCCCAUUGCUAAAGGGGUUUCUGGAUUGGCUCUUGGUGAGGGAACCUGGCCAACGAGCCCCAGCUAAUGAGCUUCUGAAACAUCCUUUCCUAGGGAAGGCCGGCCCACCCUCUUGCAUCGUUCCUCUGAUGAGACAGAAUAGAAUGAGAUGAGGAGUUGGGAGAUGUCAGACCAAAGACUGACCUUAUUUUGGGGGGCAGGGAGAUGAAUG